AUGGAAAACCAUAUUACACUCUACAGCCCCCUGAAGAAAGCUGCCAAUGAUAACCAUCAACCAGCACAUCUCCCUCCCGGGAUAGAAUAUGCGAGCACCAAGAAGGAGGAGCAGGAACAACAGGUUGUCCUCUCUUGGCCCAGUAGUUCCGCAACUACUACCGUGGUUGUUGCCAACGGGGAUCCCCCAUUCCGAAAGGUAACGGGGCCGGCCCUUAGGUCCAAAGUUGUAUGCCACUGCUGUGGUGCCGAUAGAUUCACUACUGAAGCCCCGUUAUCGGACAUUGCAGGCUUAGCAUCUAUUUUUCGUAUAUCGCUCCACCACACCGAGAACGGCGGCAGCAAGAGGAAAAUUUGCGAGAGGAUCUCUUCAAGGAGGUUGGCGAUGUUGAGGGUACUCCGCCGCAACUCUGGCGGCCUCGUGGUCUCCGCCAUUACCACCGAGCGGGAGCCAGGUGCACCAAGUAACAACGGAUGA